UGUUUGAGUAAGACAAGAGGAGGAGAGCAAAGCACUUAACUGUGAGAAGAUUGCCUGAAGCCUUUCACGAGAAGAACGGAGUAGAAACUGUGAAUUUAUGUUAGCUGUUAAAAUUCAUUAAAUUAAUGAAGAUGGGAGGAAGUACUCAGCUUCAACGGGUAAUAGGAUAUUUCCACGGAACAAUUUUUUUAUUCAGUAUCAUAAUAGGUGCAGGAAUAUUUGUUGCUCCUAAAGGGGUGCUAAAGUACUCUUCGCUCAACGUGGGGGUCUCCCUAAGCAUUUGGGCGGCUUGCGCCGUAGUGUCUACGAUGGCCGCUCUGAGCCACGCCGAGCUGGGGACCACCUUCCCUCGGAGUGGAGCACAGUAUUAUUUCCUCAAGAGAUCUCUUGGGCCUUUCAUUGCUUUCUUCUAUCUCUGGAUCAAUCUGUUUAGUACCCCUGCCGGAAUUGCUGCCCGUGGCUUGUUACUAGCAGGGUAUAUCACCCAGCCUUUCUAUCCCGGAUGCUUUGUUCCCGAGAUGCCGAAGAAAUGUUUAGCGCUGGCCAUUUUAUGGUGCUUGGGAAUUCUGAAUGCUCGAGGAGUGAAGGAAGUGACUUGGUUUCAGACUGUCAGUACCGUUGUGAAAAUGACAGUUCUCUGCUUCAUAUCUGUAACUGGACUCGUGUUGGUGGUGAGAGGAAGAAAGGAGAACCUUGCCAGGUUUGAGAACGCUUUCGACGGUGAAGUUCCAAAUGCCUCGCAGAUUGCAGAAGCCUUCUUACAAGGACUAUAUGCAUAUUCUGGCUGGGGAGUCCUUGUUCGAAUAGCAGGAGAGCUGAAAAACCCUAGUGUGACUAUCCCCAAAUGUGUGAUUACUGCACUUACCCUUGUGGCACUGAUCUACUUACUGGUUAAUGUUUCCUACAUAGCAGUCCUGACUCCAAGGGAAAUCGUAUCCUCAGAUGCUGUUGCGGUCACCUGGAUGGAUAGAGUAAUCCCUUCCAUGCAAUGGGCCAUUUCAAUUGGUGUUUCUUCCUCAAUAGUUAGCUCCCUUAACUGUACCGUAUUUUCAACAUCAAGGUUGUGGUAUAUGGCAAGCCAACAGGGCCAGCUACCUUUGAUCUUCUCAACUCUCAAUAUCCAGUCCUGUCCAAUUGUAGCUGUGAUUCAGAUGCUCAUCUUUGCCUCCAUUUUAAUUAUACCCUCAGACUUAAUCCUUUUAAUAAACUACGUGGGGUUCACAGACUGGAUUCAGCUUGGUCUGAUGAUGACAGGCUUGCUUAAACUGAGAUACCAGGAGCCCCACCUGUCCAGACCUUAUAAGGUAAAUCAAACCCCCCAAAAUAAAAAAAUUCCCUUCAUCUUUCUAAGACGCCUUUUGUACUUUUAGUACUUUUUUUCUCAUAUCUGCACAUAAAGUCUUUCUAGCCCAUGGUCAGACCAUUUUAGGAAUACCCAAUCUAGAGAACAGAUUUUAUACUUACUGGCUCAUGAGAGUCUUAGACCAUUUUCAAUUUGAAAUCUCAGGAGAGAAAGCACUGGACUGGUCCUUGUUAGAAAAGGCAGAGGACCCUUAGGCUUUUUUAUAUUAUAAUACAACUAGUGAAAUUUGAGUCGAAAGGGACCGUACAUGGGGUGUCCGAUGUUUAUACUAGGUCUCAGUGGAAGUGGUUGACCAACGUCCAGGGCCAGUGAUUCCAUGAGUGCCCUCUGAAUGAUACUACUUUAGAUGGCGUUGUAGGCUUGCCUGGGGUUCUUCAAGCUUCUCGCCUCAAAUGUCUAUCAGUAUAUGAGGCUCCAGCUUUAAUGGCCAGUGUAAAAGAGCUACACUCUAGACAUUUGUGAGGAGUGCAAUCACAAACUCAUUCAUCUCUCAGAAGCUUAGCUCAGAGGCAGGACAUCUAUGGAAGACGGACUGAGGGAUCAGCAU